GGAAAUCGGAGCUCACCCAGGUGCCCUGCACGGACCAUUUGGGAUCAGCCCAUCAGCGCAGCACGACAGCACGACCUGAAACGCAAACACAAAACAAGGGACGCAAACCGUCGGUAGUUGUCCAUGCGAUGGUAUCUGUGAUGAGGAGCUUGUGAUAGAGUGCGAAAAUUGGCUCCAAAUAUGGAGCUGGGCGCGGACCCGCCUGCUGAGCACCUGUUUCCAACUUUGGAGCAGGACGUUGCUGACCUGCAAAUUGCGGUGGCCAAGCUCACGCGCAACUUAAAGGGCACCGCAGCAUCGCUCGGCCAUCUCGCGCAGCUCAAGCAGCUUGUUACCGAGCACCCCGACCUGGUGCCGCAGCUUAUUGAGCAUGGAAAUAAGCUAUUGGCCAGCAAGGGUCGGAACGUCGAACUGACAAACCAGGGGCCUCACGACUCCUCCGGAAGCCGGGCAGGCCUUCCUGGGCCUGCCCCCACACCUGUUGCGGCUCAGGCAGGCCCCGCUGCCGGCCAGCCAGCCGGGUCUCGCGCUCACAGCACCGCAGCAAGUGCAGGCGAUGUACCCGUUGCGAAUGACGGCGCGGAGCAGAUUGACCCGGAGGAGCCAGAGGAGCCUGAGGAUGAGGACGAUGAGGGUGAACAAGACGCAGGAUUCUCCUUCCGAGUGCUCCGGGCGGAGGGCGCGGGCCCGCUCUCGCCCUCACGCAUUGCUGCUGCCAAGGGGGCGAGCGCCCAAUCUCCAGAUAUCGGCACCGCUGCAGCUACCCCAGGCUCGGCAGCCGGCCCCUCAGGCGGCGGAGCCGCUGCUCCGCCCGGGGCGGCUGCCGGCACCGCUGCCGCUGCCACCUCAGGCGCCGCGGCUGUGGCCCCGCAGCACGGCAACCGCAGCCAGAAAGCCGGCGGCGCCAGUGCUGCGGCAGCCGCCGCCGCCGCAGCACCAGCAGCAGUAGCUGCUGCUGGACUUAGCACGCCGCCGUGCGGCGCAGGGAUGGAUGCAGACGGCGAUCACGCUAUGGAUGAUCUGGGUCGGGCCGGCUUUGACCCCAGCCUGCACCUGGCAACGGGUGGCGGCGGCCCCGCCUCCUUUCACACACCCCUGCAGUCAGUCGUGUCAGCGGGUAUGACGUCGGUGCCGGAGGCAGCGGUGGGCGGGGUGGCCGGCGCGCAGGCGGCCGCGGUGGCAGCGACGCCGGCAGAGGAGACGGGCGGCUCCGGCCCCAGCCAGCAGCAGCGCCCGGCGCCGGGUCGCACACCUGAGCUGCGCACCCCCAAGGAUGCAGCUAAGGGCACAGCUGCGGGGCCAGCAGUGACUGCAGCCGAGGAUGAGGCAGACGCGGAUGCGGCGGUGGGCGGCGCAGACGGGGCUGUGGCGGAGGACGCGGAGGGCGGCGAAGCGGAACGGGCAAGCGAGGAGCCGGCGGAGGAAGACGCGGAAACCGAUGCCAAUGAUGACUUCAAGGUGCAGUACUAUUAUGGCAACCCCGCGGUCGUGGUCAGCACCAACUGGCCGGGUGUCAAGCCCGUCAUGGACGAGUGGAUUAACGAGUUCCGGGCUCGGGUGCGGGUCCGCGAGGAAGACGGCACCAUCCGCUAUGUGCCCGGGCACAAGAGCACACGCAGGGAGAUGAUGAAGUUCUUCCUGCAGAACACCGAGAGCGUGCUGCUCGCCACCGGCCCGCCGGGAUUUUAUGCCGACGACGCCGAGGGGGACGAAGAGGACGAGGACGCAGGGGCCUUCACGACACAGCGCGCUGCGAAUGACGAGGAUGGCGACGGCGGCGGGUUUCGGGUGGCGCGCGGCGGCGGCGCCGCCGGUGCAGCGGGUGCGGCGGCGGCGGGCGGCGACUGGGUAGACGCGGGCUUUGACCAGGAGGUGGAGGAGGAGGACGAUAUGGCGUUCCUGCAUGAGAUCUCUCUGCGGGAGGAGGAGGACGAGGGCGACCAUGAAGACGAAUACGAGUACGAGGAUGACGCGGACGGCGAGGACGGCGAAGGCGAGGCGCCCGAGCCUGGGGCGGAGGCAGAGGCUGAGGUCGAGGCUGAGGCAGAGGUUGAGGACGACCUGGCGGCCACGCUGCAGGACGACGAGGUCGAUCCUGAGGAGGCCGCACGCAACUGGCAGGCCGCCGCGGAGCGCGUGGCGCUCCGCCCGCCGAUCUCCGGCGGGACCCCCACGGACGCCGGCGGUGCGGGGGGCCCUGGCCCGAGCGCCGGCUCCGGCGCGGGCUUGGGUGGUGCAGGCGGUGGCGGCGGCCGCCGGAAGAAGGUGCAGCCGGUGCGGCGCGCGGAUGCGGCGGCCGCAGCGGCGGAUGGCGCCGCAGGCGCUGGCGCUAGCGGCCCGGCCGUUAACGCCGCAGGCGGUGCGGCUGAGGAGCGGCUUCAGGAGCACGAGGGGCCGCUGGCUCGCAGCCUGGCCGGCAUCCUGCGCGGGGCGGGGGUGGAGGAGGGCUCGCUGCCCGCGACAAUACGCAGCAUGGUGCGGGGCCUGGUGGGGCGCGGAGGCUUCACGCACGCCACGGCGGCGGUGGAGGCGCGGGUGACGUCUGCGGCCAUGGCGGUGCUGAUGCAGCGGCUGGAGGCGCACGUGGCGGCGGCACGGGCGGAGUGGAGGGCGGGGCGCAAGCGGCUGCUGCUUCUGUCGGACGCGGUGGCCUUCUGGCUGCGCGCGCGCAAGCCCUCCAGCGCCGCCGCCGCCGCCGCCAUGGCCGCCGCCAACGGCCCGGCGCGCACGCUGGCGGACGACUGGCGGGCGGAGGUGGAGCACCUGCAGGCGCGUGUGGCGGCUCUGUGCCGCGAGGUGGCCACCACCUUUGUCAACGACGAGGCCGGCUUCGAGCGCGGCGGCCGCAAGUUUCUGGGCCCUCUGGCGGACGACGUGCGGCGGGUGGAGGAACUGAAGCUGCUGCUGGGGCUGGCGUCGGGCGGGCGGCAGGCGGCGGAGGAGGCGCAGCGCCGCGCACGUGAGGAGCUGGGACCGGAGGCGGUGGCGGAGCGGCGGCGGCAGCAGCGCAAGAAGAAGGACGCAGGCGCGGGCAAGGAGGGAGGGCGGCGGCAGGGCGGCGGAGCUGACGAGCCCGCGGCCGCCGCCGGCCUUGGCGCGGGCUCCGAGGACGGCGACGGCGAGGACGGCGAGGACAGCGGCGACGAGGGCAGCUACGACAGCUCCUUCAUCGACGACAGCGGCUUGGAGGGCCAGGAGCAGGAGGGGGAUGGCAUGGAGGUGGAGGGCGGGGCGACGAGCAGCGGGCCAGCCCCCGGCGCGGGCGUGGGUGCCGGCGCGGAGGCGGAUGCGGAGCCGAAGGCGGACAAGGGCAGCCGGGCGGCUGGCAAGGGCGCGGCCAGGCGGCGGAGGGGCGGCGCAGUCGGAGGUGCGGGUGCGGGCCCGGCUGCUGAGGAGGCCGGGGCGGGCGGCGAGGCCGGGAAAGAUGGCGCGGAGCAGCAGGAGGAGGGUGGCGUAGGUCCAAACGCGGCUGUAGGUCUGGCGCCCAACCAGACCGAGGUCCUGCUUGGCUUUAGUGCGCGGCUGCGGCUUGCGGCCGCAGCGGCCGCGGCUGCGGCGGUGCCUGCCAAUCCCCCAGCGGAAGGCGAGGGCCUGGAUGCGGAGCAGGGGCAGGAGCAGCCGCAGGAGGGCGAUGGGCCGGAAACGGCGGCCGAGCCGUCCGAGGCUUCGAUCGGGGACCCCAUUGACGACGACGAGGCACCGGACGGCGAGGUCGCAUGCGGUGGCGAGGAGGCAGCUGGUGGCCAGCCCGAGUCCGUACAGGGCCACGGCGACGGCGGUGGCACCGGUGACGGGCCAGCUGCUGCUCCUGAUUCUGACACGGGAGCAGCAGUGCCGCACCAGCAGCAGCCCGCACCAGCAGGGGAAGCGCCGCCUGUGGCGGCGGGGCAGCGGCAGCGGGCGCGGCGCGCGUCCGCCGCAGCGGGCGGCGGCGGUCAGGCCGGCGGCGCCUUCUCCCCCGUGGAGGCCGAGGUGGUGGCGUUGUUUCCGCAGCUGCUGGCGACGCAGCCCGGAACGGAGGUGGACGUGAUGGUGCCGCCGACGGUGGAGUCAGCUGGGACCACCGCUGCGGCCACCCCCGCUGCCGUGGCGACGUGCUUCCGGGCCUGGUGUGUGGGCGGCCGCAUCUCGGAGCGCACGCCGGAGGGCAUGUUGCAGAUCGACUUCGGCGGCGGCUACACACAGGAGGUGCCGGUCAACAUGCUGCGCCCUGCCUGCAGCACAGCCCGCCCGGACGGUGCAGCUGCCCAGGCGGCAGGCAGCGCCGGCAGCGUGUCGGCGGAGCUGCGGGAACGGGCCGGCCCUGUGCGCAUCGCGCGGGGCGAGCUGCUGCAGGUGCGGCAGCGGGUGGAGGACGGCUCCACACGCUGGCGGCCGGCACUGGUGCUGGCAGUGGUGCGGCAGCAGGGACGCGGCGCUGCAUGCAGCUGGACGCAGCUGCUGCGGGCAGCGGGUGACACGGCGGGCGCGGCCGCGGCGGCAAGCAGGCGGCUCGGGCGGGAGGGCCGCGGUCCGGCGGCACGCGAGGGCACCGAGUGGCGUUUGAUGCUGCCUGCUGGGCAACCGCACACAGCCGCGCCAACACCCGAGCAGGAGCCGGAGACGCCAGAGCCCCGCCGCACACUGUGGCCCACGCGCCUGGACGCCACGGCCGCAGCCGUAUACGGCGACGCCUCCUAUGUCGACACGCUGCACACGCUGCGGCGCAACCGCCUCCAGGCGGGCCCCCAGCAGCAUCAACAACAAGAGGAGGAUAUGCAGGAGGAGGGAGGGGAUAUGGGGCCACUGGAGGCGGCGGCGGCGCGGCGCGCGGCGGCGGCGGCGCCCACACACGCCCGGCUGCUGUUCCUGGACGCGCUGGCUGAGGAGCGGCGCCUGCUGAUGCACCUGCAGGCCAGCGUGUCCGCGGAUCAGCUGCUGCACGACCUCGCCGCGGCGCCUCUGCUGUGGUGGCAGCCGGAGCACGAGGGGCAAGAGCAGGGCGCCUGGAGCCACGUGGCCGCGCACAGCGGGAUGCGGCUGCGAGGCACGAGUGCCGCAGUGGUGGCGCACCGCGUGAAGGACGCACGGCUACGGCAGCGGUUGGCGCUGCUGCAGCCGGCCACGACGCUGGACGCCGACGAGCAAGCGGCGCGGCUAGUGGCGCGUGGGCUGCGGCGGCUGCCUUUUGCAAACAUUCAGAACGUGCACGAGAAGCUGAAGGCCCGGGUGCGGCGAGGCGCCCACUUCUCCCCCCUCCCGCCCAAGCGCGACGCGCAGCACCCGGGCAGCCGCGGUGCCGACGACGACGACGACGGCGACGACGACGAUUCAGAAGGCAGCCGCCGCGCCGGCUCCCCCGAGGCCGGCAUCGAGCCAGGCCGCGGCGAAGGGGCCACGCGAGGGCGAGGGCGCGGGCGAGGGCGCGGGCGUGGGGGCAGGGGACGCGGCCGCGGGAGAGGCGGCGGCCGGGCAGGGACGGCGGUGCCAGGCGGCGCAGGCGCAGCAGGCGCGCCGGCGGUGGGACCGCGCACGGGGCAGCGCGGCCGCAAGCGCAAGGCCCCGCCCGAAGACGAGUCAGGCGCUAGCGCCGGCGAGGGCGAGCGCGAGGACCAGCAGGAGCCCGCGGUGGAUGCGGCUGUCAAGCCGGAGGGCGGACCGGUGAACGGAGGCGGCGGCGGGGCCAGCAGCCCCAGUGAGGUGGUGGUGAUCGACGACAGCAGCGACGAGGAGCAGCCGCGGGAGGAGCAGCAGCGGGGAAGUCGGGGCGGUCGCGGCCCAGCCGCCAAGCCACCGCCCGCCAAGAAGCAGAAGACCGCCGCCACCAAGCCCAGCGCCGCCACGCAGGAGCGGCUGAAGCGGCAGCGGGAGAUGAACAAGCAGCUGGCGAUUGCGCGGCGGCAGCGCCAGGAGGCGGCGGCGCCGGCGGACGGCGGGCAGGACACUGCGGCGGGGAGCCGCCUGUUCCCUGACCUGCCCACACCCAAGUUGGCCUCGCUGUUCACCAAGGCCAUCAAGCCCCACCAGCUUGACGGCCUGCGCUUCAUGUGGGAGAACCUGGUGGAGCGGCACCGGCUGCAGGCCCAGGACCCCGACAACAGCUGCCUGGACGCGGGCGGCUGCAUCCUGGCGCACUCCAUGGGGCUGGGCAAGACCCUGUCCACCAUCGCGCUGCUGCACAUGUUCCUGGGGCAGGGCCUGGCGGCAGGCCCGGGGCCCGGCAGCCAGCCGCAGGCCACGACUGGCGCCGACCCCGCGGCGGCCGACGGCGACGAGGACGGGCUAGCGGGGCGGCGGCGCGCGCUGGUGGUGACGCCGGCCAACGUGGCCUCCACCUUCCGAGUGGAGUUUGAGCGCUGGCUUCCCGAGCGCGGCAGCGAGGACGAGCAGCUGAGCCGCCUCACAGGGAACAAGGUCUACAUGUACAACCAGGACGACGACGCGGUGGGGCGCUGGGCAGCGCAGGAGGGCUCGGUGCUCAUCAUCACACGCCACAUGUUCACACGUGCGGUGCUCACGCCACCGGCGCUGCCCGGCCAGCCCAAGGACAAGGCGGCAGCGGCGGCGGCAGCCGGCACAGGGCCGAAGCGCCGCCGCGGCCGGCCGCCCAAGUCGGCGGCGGGCGGGCAGACGCCACCGCCCGGGACGACGCCGCUGCCUGCGGUGGAGUUGCGCGGUGGCGAGGCGCCGCCGGCUACGCCCGAUGGCGUGCCUGAGGCCGGUGUGGGCCAGCCUGGGGCGGCCGCGGGGGCCGCUGGCGCUGACGGAGACACGGAGAUGGCGGACGGCGUGGCGGGGCCGUCGGCCACGCCGCCACCGUCACCGCCACAGCCGCCGCGGACAGAUGAGGCGUACCUGCAGUGGGCAGAGACGCGACGGCUGCUCCUGGAGGGCUGCGGGCUGGUGGUGGUGGACGAGGCGCACGAGCUCAAGAAUCCCGAGUCACAAUACUACAAGGCCAUGCAGCAGGUGUCCACCCCCCGGCGGCUGGCGCUGACGGGCUAUCCGCUGCAGAACAACCUGGAGGAGUACUUUGCCAUGAUCAGCUGGGCGCAGCCGGACCUGCUGGGCACGCAGCAGCAGUUCAGGGCCGAGUUCGCCACCAUCAUCCGCAAGGGCCAGCAGCCCGACGCCAGCCGUGCCGAUCGGGAGGCCUGCGCCAAGAAGCUGUACCUGCUCACGGAGCGCCUCACGAAGGACUGCAUCCACAGGGUGGGGCCGGAGACACUGGAGCCCAUGCUGCCUCCCAAGAGCGACGUGGUGUUGUUCCUGGACAUGACGCCGCGCCAGCGCGCCAUGUACACAGCCUACCUGAGGGCGCUGCAGGGGCGGCCGCCGCCGGGGGCGGCUGGGGGCACCGGCACCAGCGGCGAGGGUGCAGAGGGCGGAGGCGGUGGCUCGGGUGGUGUGUUGGAGCGGCGGCUGUUCUUCCGGGACCUGCGAGUGCUUGGCAUGCUGCUGAACGCGCCGUCCCGCUUCGAACAGCUGGUGGACGUGGGCGAGCUGGAGGAGGCAGACGUGGACGACGCGGCAGACGCGGGCGCGGAGGAGGGCGCCGCGCCCGGCCCAGCCGCUGCUGCCGCCACGCCCGCUGCCUCAGCCAAGAAGACGGCGGGAGGCAAGGGUCAGCAAAAGUCAAAGAUCUCCCUUGCUGCGCAGGUGCGGCAGCAGCUGUCGCAGCUGUUGGAGCGCUUCCGCCGCGUCCCGGCGCCUGUGGGACCCGAGGCGGAGACGGAGGAGGAGGAGGGCACCGACGGCGCGGCUGCUACGGCUGCUGCGGCGGCGGCUGCCACGCCCGCCCCCUCCCCACGAGCACGGACGCAGGAGGCGGUUUGGGGCCAGAUGAGCAAGCACGUGUUCGUGCACCGCCUGCUUAAGCUGUGUUGGGACGCGAAAGAGAAGCUGGUGAUCUUCAGUCAGCACUUGGCAGUGCUGGAUGACCUGCAGGCGCUGCUGACGUCGCCCGGCCAGGGCUACGUGCCCGGCCGGCACCUGUUCCGCAUCGACGGCUCCGUGGACACCAACAAGCGCAAGCAAGUCAUUGACGGAUUCAACGACGGCCGCGAGGCGCGGGUGAUGCUGGGCUCCCUGCGCGCCGCCAGCCUGGGCAUCAACCUCACCACCGCCUACCGCAUGGUGCUGUUCGACCUGGAGUGGAACCCAGUGUACAGCGCACAGGCGGUGGCGCGCAUCCACCGACUGGGCCAGCGCCGCCCCACCUUCGUGUACCGGCUGGUGUACGCCGCCACGGGGGAGGAGCGCGUGUACGAGACGUGUGUGGACAAGGAGGAGCUCUUCAGCAAGGUGGUGGACAAGAAGGCGGUCCGCAAGAUGGAGGCGGAGGAGGCGGCGUGUGAGGACAUCUGGACCUACACCCCGCCCACCACCCUCAGCCCCACGCGCGCCGCCAGAGAGCUGUGCAAGGUGGCGGAGGCGACGGCGGCGGCGACAGGAGCGGGAGGCGGAGGAGGCGGAGGCGCGGAAGGGGCAGCCGGCACGCCGGGGCCGGGGCAGCAGUGGGAGACGCGGGACCAGAUGCUGCUGAAGCUGGCGGAGGACGCGCACCUGCUUCGCAAGCUGGUGAAGGCGCACCCGCACAAGGCCAAACUUCCGCCCGACCCGCUCGGACACCUCACGGAGGACGACAAGCGAGCCGCCCAGCGCGAGUACGACAUCCAACUGGAGGCGGCGGCGGCGGCAGGCGCCAGGGGCGGCGGCGCCCGAGAGGCGCGCCGCCUGCGGCGGCUGCGUCGCGGCGCCGUGAGUGACGCCACCGCGGGCGGCGGCUCCGCCGCCGCCGGGGCUGCUGCUGUUGCCGCGGAGGUGGGGCUGGCGGUGGGCGACCACGGCGAGGGCGGUGUCCUGGUGGGGCUGACAAGGCCGGUGCCGCCGCCUGCCGAGCGCGGCGGCGCGGGUGCUGCAGGUGCCGCUGCUGGCGGCAGCGCGGGUGCGGGCGGCGGCGCGGAGGCGGCUGAGGAGGAGGACCUCAACCUGAUGGACUUGGAGCCGGAGGAGCGCCGCGUGCGCGUGGCGGCAGCGGCGGCGAGGGAGGUGGAGCGGGAGGUGUCAAGGAAGGCAGCGCGAAAGGCGGAGCGGAAGGCGGCAAGGGAGGCAGCGCGGGAGGCGGAGCGGGCGGCGACGCGGAACGCAGCGCGGGAGGCGGAGCGGGAGGCUGGUCAAAAGGCUGCGGCACAGGGGACCCAGCCGCCGCAGCACCCGCCAGAGCCGCAGGGCCCGCAGCCGCAGCCGCAGCCGCAGCCGCAGCCACCACCUCAACCGCGAAACGGGCAGUCCACAGCGCAGGCCAACGGCGGCAGUGGUGACGGUGACGGUGACGGUGACGCUGCCGGUGACGGUGACGGCGACGGUGACCGUGGUGAUAGCGCUGUUGCUGGCUCUGGUGGCACAUCAGCGAUGACGAAGCCGAGCAAGCGGCUGCGCGCUGAGCCCGCUGCUACCACUGCUGCUGAUUCGGCAGCGGCUGGCUCCGCGGGCGCAGACGCUGCCAACCGCCUUGCUACUGACGAAGCCACGGACGGAGCCACGGGUUGGACCGCAGACAUGGAGGCAGACAUGGAGGGUGAGGAUGCAGAUGUCGGCCGGCCCCCGGCGGCGGAAGCGGCAGACCCUGCGGCGGUGGGGGAUGGCGGAAGCGCAGCUAGCCCCAGCGCAGCCCGUGGCGGCAGUGGCGGCGCUGGUGGCAUUGGCCAGCGGCUGAUGAACAACAUGGCAAGUUUUUGGACGUCCAGGGGGCUGGGACUCCGGCGCUUGCCGCGGACACCAAUGCAGCAGCUGGACGGCGACCAGGCAGCGUCGCCGCCUCCCGAGCGCGCGCUAGAACCCGGAACCGCGGCUGUGCCGGCGUCUGCUGCUGCCACUGCUGCUGCCGUUGCUGCGUUUGUGGCGGCGCAGCGGGCUGCUCUUGAACGCGCGGGCCUGGGACCGCCGCGCUACACAGGUGGUGGCACGCCGCCGCCCGCAGUUGCAGCUCAGCCCGCCGCCUGCACCCGGUGCGGGGCCCAGCGCCCCGCGAGUCUCGGCGGCAGCUGCCUGGUGUGCGGCACCCAACAACAGCAGCAGCAGCAGCAGCAGCAGCAGGAUGUGGGCGAGGAUGCUGCCGGGCCCGCCGGGGCGGCGGCUGCGACCGAGCCCGCGCCCCAGCCUCAGCAACAGCCACUGCAGCAGCCGCGACCACUGCAGUCGCCGCAGCCGCAGCCGCGAGCCAAGAAGCAGGCGGCCAAAGCUCGCGGCAGCGGCGUUGCGGGCGGUCUGCUGCCGGGGAGCCCUGUUGCUGGCCCGCAAGCAGGCGCGGCUGCAGCCAAUGGCGCCCCUGUCGCUGAUGCCGCUGCGGCGGCGGCGGCGGCGGCGGCGCUGUCACGCGGCACCAGCAGUGGCGUCAACACGGUGCACCUGGUGCCGCAAGAGGCGGCGGCGGGGGUGGCAGCACCAGGGCCUGGCCGCCCCGCGAAUGGUGUGUCGGCGCUAGGGCUGAGGUCGCUAGCAACCAAACGGGGCAGGAAGCAGGGGCAGCAGGCGCACGCGCCGCCGCCGCAGCAGCGGCAGCAGGCGGAGAUGAUUGACCUGGUGGAUGAGGAUGAGGAGGAGGAUUGAUGUGCAGACGGCGCAGCAGGUGGUUGUCGUUUGCGCUGCUGGAGGGCAUGACAGGAGCGAGCUCGUGAGCGCCCGGUUGUCGCUCGGUGUGACUUGGUGAGUUGAUGGGGUCCGGUUUGUUGACCAGCAGAAAGCGAGCGGUAUGAGCAGAUGCGGGUGGGUAGCAGGUAGCCUGUGGCCGGACAAACCGACAUGCAGACAGAUAUACAGAAACACCGGCAUACUGAAUGGCACCUAGAGGAGCAAGGCUCAUCAGGGGCAUGCACGCCAUGGCUGCGAUGGGCGGGGUGUUGUAGAUUGGAAGCGUAGCGUGCCCUUAGGCAGAAUGUCUAAGGCGGGUUUCGCUCCCAUAACACACUGGGGCUUCUAUGGCCAGUGGUUCUUUCCAAUUUAUACUCGAUAUAGCACUGCAACACGGGGUUUAGCCGUUAUCGCGUCACACGUUCCAGAACCCCUGGCACAGCUGCGCUAUCAUAUGGAAAGGGCCCCGUGUGCCGGGUUCGUAAAAGCUUACUUGCCUCUUGCGCGAAGGCAUUGCUACACAUGGUGUUAUAGCCUUUUGGGUGCUGCUCUCGGCACUGAGGUGGCACAGUGGCAGGUGUUUCAGGAAGUUGAGUUAGGGUUUGGGAAGCAUGUUUGGGCGCAGAGCGGCUGGGCGGGGCUGCACUUGAUCCGCCGGGAUACUGCAGUAGUAUGCCGGGUGUCCGUGCGUGUGCCUGGCGCCAUGGGAGGAAACUUGAUGGAGUGACCCAAAACCGGAAGCACGAUCGGAAGGACCGUCACCGUGUCCCCGGGGUAGUUGGUAGCCGGUCCUACUUUCCCUCGCCGGCGCCUUCAUCGGGACCCUCUUGUAACCAGUGCGAUCU